AUGUCAGCUCAUCUGGCCGCUUAUUCUGCGGUAGGAUUUAGCAUAUGUGCACUGGUAGCUUGCCUUAUGUUUCUUCCCACUUUAUAUAAUAAGAUCUCGGAAAUCCAAUACGAUCUCGCAUUGGAUAUGGAAGAAUUUCGAGGACUACAAAAUGAAAUUUAUUUUCAAGUGAAGGGCCAAAACAUCGCAUUUGGCUCUUCGCCAUUUGCAAUAUAUCGAAAGAAACGUGGCCUAGCAUUACCAGGAGAAUGUCAAUGUGAUGCAGCAGCAUCUUGUCCUCCAGGUCCGCCUGGUUCACCAGGUGAACCAGGAAUGGAUGGUAUCGACGGGGAACAUGGACCACCAGGACCACCGGGAUUACCUGGCAAUUAUCCACCCGUGAAUGUAGAUAUCAAGGCUAACUGUCGUAUUUGUCCUAGUGGUCCACAAGGUUUUCCAGGUCAACCAGGCCCUCCCGGAGAAAUGGGAGAAAAUGGCCCACCAGGACCACCUGGAUAUCGGGGUGAACCUGGAUUUGAAGGUCCGCCUGGUAAUCCUGGACCAACAGGUGAAGCUGGUCCUAAUGGCAAAAAUGGUGCACCAGGACCAGCGGGACGAAAUGGUGUACGAGGUUCCAAAGGAGAAGCAGGACCGCCGGGACCCAAAGGACCACUUGGGCCACAAGGAUUUCCAGGUCCGGACGGUAAUGACGGAAAUCAAGGUUUUACCGGAGCACAAGGACCACCUGGACCAGCAGGUGAAUCAGGACCGAGUGGUCCACCAGGUUUCAGUGGUCCAAUGGGUCCACCAGGAACACCAGGAAGUGAUGCAUCCUAUUGCCCAUGUCCACCACGACGUACCACCGUCACGUGA